AUGCGUGUGGGCUCUGCUCUAGCUGUGGCAGCGGCGCUUGCCGCGCCUGUGUUGGCUGAUGAUCUUACCAACAUUAAGCACAUUGUGCUGUUCAUGCAGGAGAACCGUGCGUUUGACCACUACUUUGGCACCAUGGCAGGUGUGCGUGGUUUCCAGGAUCCGAAUGCGCAUAUUUCGAACAACACUGGCAAGGAUGUGUUCCACCAACCUGUGAACAAGACCAUGGACCUGAAGGUGUCGGGUGCUGCGCCGGUCGACUACUCACCACCGAGCAAUGUGAGCGAAUUGCUUCCAUGGUACCUCCCGCACCAGGGCGGCGACUGGUCUGACCGUGUGCAGUGCAUGCUGGCUGGCUCUAACUCGUGGCAGCAGAACCAUGCCGCGUGGAACGAGGGAAACAUUGACCGCUGGGCCAUGAACAAUACGCCGUACAGUCUUGGCUACUUGAAGCGCGCAGACAUCCCGGUGCACUUUGCCCUGGCCGAGAACUUCGUGGUGGCUGAUGCUUACCAUGAGGCUCAGAUUGCCUCGACGGACCCGAAUCGUGUGACGUGGUUCUCGACGUCGAUCAAUGCGAAUGGUAGCUCGGUCGGUGGUGAUACAAGCAAGGGUGGUACGGUUCUUGAGAACAACCGAGACCCCUACUGCCUGAUCGGUGCUGAUGGUGCUAAGUACUCGUGCCGUCCGCUGUACUGGAAGACGGUGCCAGAGUACCUGAGUGAAGCGAACAUUGACUGGAAGCUGUAUCAGGACUAUGACAACUUUGGCGACAACACUCUCGUGGAAUGGCGUCAGUACCAACUGGCUGCGAAGAACAAGACCGACCUGGCUCGCCGUGCUUUGUCGUAUGAUGGUAUUCAGUCGUUCUACAAGGAUGCCAAGGAGGGUACGCUGCCGGAAGUCUCGUACAUUGUCGGCCCUCAGUACCUCUCGGAGCACCCGCCGUACACGCCGCAAGACGGUGCCUGGUUCCAGCGCAACGUUGCGAACGCUGUGAUGAACGGCAAGAACUGGAACGAGACGGCCCUGAUCAUCAUGUACGACGAGACGGGUGGCUGGGCGGACCACGUGAUGGCACCGCACGCGUCGAAGGGUACCCCUGGCGAAUGGAUCCAGGACCCGUUCACGAAGGAGGGCAAGGACGCACCGACCGGUCCUGGCUUCCGUCUUCCCUUCUACAUUAUUUCGCCGUACACCCGCAAUGGUGGUGUGUUCACCGAAGUGUCUUCGCACGAGAGCCAGACGCUCUUCCUGGAGAAGUGGGCGAAGGCGAUUGGCAAGCCGUUCCAUGUGAACGAGAUGAACAAGUGGCGUCGUGAGCAGCUGAGUGACCUGGUGAAGGCGUUUGACUUCAGCAAGAAGAACACUAGUGUCCCAUCGCUGCCGGAGGUGCCGGAGGCCAAGAAGGACCCUAUUACUGGCACCUUCAACGGUGCGUGGGACUGCUUGCUGCGCUUCAAGGGCGAUGUGCAACCUGAGAUUCCGUAUGGCCAACAGAACGAAACGGAUGCGCUCUCGACGGAGAAGGGUGUGAAGAUGACGCGUGGUGAUCUCACUGAGGGUCGCUACCUCAGCUUUAUUGCGUGGAACAAGCGCGUGGCUGUGUCUGACAACAAGCUUAGCUCCGUCGACGACCGUGGAGACUUUAGCAACGAGCAGCUGUUUGUGAUUCACUGGCUGGGUUCCGUCCCGAAGGACAACGUGUACACUAUGUCGACGGCGGACAAGAAGCAGUUCUUGACCAAGGACCUGAACCUCACGGACAACCAGGACAAGGCUGCGAAGUUUGCUCUGUGGGACAAUGGCAAUGGCCAGGGCUACACCAUCCAGGAGCUCGACUCUAAGAAGUACUUUGACUUGAGCCAGGAUGGUACCGUCUCGAUGAAGGACAACGACGCGGCAAAGUUUGCCGUGGCGAGUGUCUCGCUUUAG